UUCACUGAAAGUAUCAUAUUAGCUAGGAUAAUUUGUAACGAGAAUUUGAUGGAAUAAGAAAUUGUUUGAAGUGAUGAUUUAAAUGGGACGAAAAAUUUCAAGAUAAUUUGCAGACUAAAGAUAUUCCAUCACACAACAACUCUAAAGGACAUAAAGUAAAACAUAUUCGACAACAAUGACUCGAAAGAAAGUAGUCGACCCUCAAGACGAGAUCGAUACAUGUUGCAAGUUACUGUGUGACGAAGCUUCGAAUCACAUGAAAGUUCGCAAUUAUCAUAGAGCUUUAAAUGUUUACAACAAGGCCCUAGAGCUAAAUCCUUCUGAUCAAAAUGCGUUGGUGGCUCGAAGUAAAUGUUAUCUAUUGUUGGGUGAUCCGGCGAAAGGACUUGAGGAUGCCGAAACAGCGCUGAGUGCCGAUAAAAGCAACAUUCGCGCAAUUUAUCAAAAGGCCGAAUCUCUCUACUUUCUCGGACAGUUUGAGCACAGUCUGAUGUUCUUUCACCGUGGAUUGAAAUUACGCCCUGAACUUAACAGUUUUCGUUUGGGUGUUCAAAAGAGCCAAGAAGCUAUCGAAAAAACAAUCGGUGGCUUCCCCAAAAAGCCGUCAAAACCUUCAAGCUCAAAACCAGAUAGUGGCUCGAAACUAGAUAGCGCUUCGAAACCUGACAGCAGCUCAAAGCCAGAGAGUAGCUCAAAACCAGCUAGCGGAAAGUCCGACAAGCAUUCAUCAUCCAGAUCAACACAGCCGAAAGUUCGACCAAGAACAGCGAAAGUUAGUGCUGAAAAAAGAGAAGCUCGAAAACUACUCGGUGAACUCUGUGUUGACAAGGAGUAUUUAGAAAAUCUGCUAAAACAUCCUGAUUUGAAGAGAGCUGACAACGGUGCGGAAAACAUUUCGUCGUUAGCCAGGGACGCAGUUCAAUUUUUGAAUAAUCGGCAAGAAUUUUGGCGACAACAGAGACCGUGUACGGCCGCUCCGAAGAAAACUAAAAUUAUAGACACACCACUACCGAAGUGGUACACCUAAUUUAUUAGCGAAACUUUCCUUGCAAAAUUUUCUCAUACUCUUAGAAGACCACGCACAUCGUCAUCGAUUCAUACUUAAAUUUCUUAAUAAUUGUCUAUUUCAGCAACUUCUUUCGUGUUUUUCAUCAACUUUUUUCACCAAUUGCACACAAUAAAACAAAAAAAUUUUAAAAAUGGACAACACUUCGAUAACAUUGCACUACUUCAACCAAGAAUUAUUUUCUUCGUGUUUUAAGUAAAUUGUUGAAUAUAUUCUUGAGUUAUGGUGAAUUGGAAGACUCGAUCAAGAUGAUAAUAAAAAACAUUUUA